AUGAAUGUCGUAUUCUCCUUCGCGAGAUUCGCCAAGAACAUGUAUAAUGCAGGUUUGAAUCAACGGAAUCCCAUAACCCUGCCGUUCAACUUCUUGCUCAAUUUCUCGCCGGUUUUCAUUUGGCUGUCCAUCUUCAAGCAUGCUGGCCUGAUACCCACUGGGAUCAGACCCAACAUUCACAGCAAAUUCGCCUUUUUUGCAGACCAAUUCCUUUUUGGCGACUACUGGCAUGAACUGGCCGUCCAAUUCCCCAACAAUACUUCCAAACUCUUUUUUUGGUCGUUUGUAUCAUCUACUGCAUUUCUUCUAGCAUUCUUGGUCUGCCUCCCCCUUGCCAUUUGGUACUACAUCUACUACGUUAAGCACGUCAACUACAACCCAUUAGAAUGGUUCGCGAACAUUUUCCACUACCCUCGCAGUCACAAGCAACGUCCGAUCCAUAAGAGGUUACGGACGAUUUUCAUACCGUUUGCCCUGCCCGUCUUUACGUUUGUGAUGCUCAACAUCGAUCAUUUCUUCGCGUAUCAAUCAGACGCCAAUUUCACGAAGACCAAGGACCUGCUGGCCUGGUUCUCGUAUGUCAUCCUACACUUGACGGCCCCUAUCUUGACCGCUGUGUACUUAUACGUCUUCCAGCCACCGGGGACCUUGAAAUGCUUCGGGUUUGCCCUGGGUUUGCAGAAUAUAGCAGGCGUCUUUACCCAUCUCCUAAUCCCGAUGGCCUCACCGUGGUUUACUCAUUUAUACGGCAUCAAUGACACGGAACAUGUCAAUUACACCCAGGAGGGCUUUGCUGCCGGUUUGAUAAGAGUGGAUAGUCAUCUGGGCACACACUUAAACACGAAGGGGUUCCAUAUGUCUCCUAUUGUGUUUGGUGCUGUUCCCUCGUUGCACUCCGCCAUCGCAUUCCAGUGUUUCCUGUUCUUGAUCUCCCGGUCGACCAGUUUGAAACACAGGUUUUCCAACGUAGGAAAUCUUUCCCUCAACAAUAACGACUCUUCUACUUUCAAGUUGAACGAGGAAGACAGCGAAGACGAUGCUGAUAAUAACAACACCGUAUCAAUGGUUGGCCCCAAUGACUUGGAGAUGGAACCAUUGAGUGCCAUAGUGUCUGCAGAUGCCUUGGAUGAGCGGUCCCCCUCUCCCUCAUCCUCAUUAACUGUAUCCAGCAAUGAAAGGAACACGAGCAAUGAUGGCAGCAGCGUCAUUAAUCACAACGCCAAUAAGAAACCUCUCCAGUUUGUCCAUUUAUACCACGAAGAUACGCAGUUCACAAAUAAAUGGAUAUUUAAAGUAAUUAACGAAGGGUUGGUACCUAAAUUCUGGGCGGUCUUUUAUAUAACACUACAAUGGUGGGCCACCAUGUACCUGGAUCACCAUUAUAGGUUCGACCUGUUUGUUGGCGUUUUAUACGCAAUGACAAGCUUCAUCAUCAUAAACUGGUUUGUUUUACAACCAAAAGUAUUAAAAACUUGGAUUCACAUAAGGUUAGGCGACCAAGUGGACACAAGAAACGAAGCUCGUACUUUCGGCAUGAGAGUUUUUUGUGGCUCCAAGAUGGAAUGGUUCUUCGACCCAUUAGCAUAA